AUUUGAAUGCUAAAGAAAAUAAUUGUGGCCUUUAGUUCUACUGCUAAUACUUUCAAAAAUAAGUCCAAAUUAACGGAAUUUUAUAAGGCAAUACAUCCAGAUAUGUUGUAAAAUGCCCCUGAUAAUGUGAAAAUGGAGAAUACAAGAUCAUUGAAGAUUCUUAACAAUUAUUUUGAUGCUGUUUCGUAGAAUGAACGAACAGAACCACAAGAAUUGGUCUUUUAUAUGGCUGAAAAGCAGAACACAAAAGCAAGAAAGUUUUUGCCUUUUACCAUAGUAUUGGAUGCAUAUUUGGGAAAGGAUUAAUAGGGGGCAAUAGAUAAGUAAGAUGAAUCACACUUAUUAUAGAGUGACAACUCAAAUAAGGGAAUAGAUAAAUUAGAAAUACUAGGAAAUCAGAAAGGAUUUUGCAGAUAAGCAUGCUAAUCCCUUUGUUACAUAUACAAAUCAGUAUGAAAAAGCAAAGAAAAACUUCUUUGAAACAACAACAACUUUGAAGAAGAGAUCAUCAACUAAGGAAUCUGAGUAAUUAGCAAUGAGAGCUUCCAUCUUUUCAGCUCAAAUGUAAUCGGAAUAUGACAAUUUUUUGAAGAGCGCUACUUAACAAAUGAGACAAGCAAAUAUGCCACAAAUAAAACCCAGAUUAUGGGCCAGUAUUAUGAUUGACAAAUGCGAUAUGAUACCUAAUUUAUUUCAAAUAUUUGAUUAAUUGAUAGAUCCAAGGUUAAUAUUUUUUGAUCAGGAAUUAACUAAGGAACAAAGUGACAUAUGUAUGGAUAUUAAUAUAAUAAAAUUAGUUGUUGAGAAAAUCAUCCCAAAAACAACGAAUCUUACGAGUGUAUAAGCAUUAUCACCAUUUUUUUCAAGAUUGGAAAAAGCUGAUCCUUAGAUAUGUUUAUAUGUUACAAAAAGAUAUGGAGCAAAAGACAUCCCAGGAUAUUUCAGUGUAUUUUGUAUGAAUAAUUCAAUUAGAUUCCAUAUAAUUUUGAUGUGUAAGAAAUACAACAACAAUUUGGAGUUUAUUAAAAGCAGAUUAAAGAGGAAAGAGAAGAGUAUGAAGAAGAAUUGAAGAAGUAUUAAUAAUCACUGUACAAUUUGGCAGAUCGUUAUUCCAUAAGUAAUAUUCAAAACGAAGUGGUAGAAUACUGCAGAUAUCAUUUUAGCUAUUAAGAAAUACAGAUGUAGUAAGAAAACUAAAUUUGAGUUUAUUAAUCUUGUAAAAAUAAUUGAAUGAGGUGAAUACUGAGAGACUGAACAAUUUACGAAUGAAAUAGUGGGUAUUGACAGAGAGUGUUAGUAAGACAGUAGAUAGCAAUGAUCAUUUCUAUAUACCUAUUCCUUUUAGUGGGACAGUUUGA